AUGGGCGCUCUUUACUAUCUGAUGCAUCCUAACCAGCUGCGUUCCAUUAUCCAAUGGAAGCUUUGGCACGAACCGGUUCACAAGCGAGACACCAGCAAGGAGUCCGAAACCCUCAAGGAGAGCUUCCGCUACCUCAACAUGACCAGCCGCAGCUUCUCCAUGGUCAUUCAAGAGCUGAAUCCCGAACUUCUUGUCCCCGUCGCCCUCUUCUAUCUCGUCCUUCGAGGCUUGGAUACUAUUGAGGAUGACAUGACGAUCCCUCUCGACACCAAGACCCCUUUGUUGCGCAACUUCCAUGAGACCAUGGAAGUCGAUGGCUGGCAAUUCCACGAGAGCAAGGAAAAGGAUGCCGAGCUGCUCGAACACUUUGACGUUGUCAUCGCCGAGCUCAAGAAGCUCAAGCCUCAAUACUACGAAAUUAUCAAGGACCUCACCCGCAAGAUGGGUAACGGCAUGGCUGACUACGCUGCCGAUACCGACAAGAUUGAGAACGGUUUGCAAACUAUCGAGGAUUAUGAACUUUACUGUCACUACGUCGCCGGUCUCGUCGGAGAGGGUCUGACGAGACUCUUUGUCACCUCCGAGCUGGCCAAUCCCAAGCUCGCUGAGAGACCCACGCUGACAGAGUCAAUGGGCCAGUUCUUGCAAAAAACCAACAUUAUCCGUGAUAUCCACGAGGACUGGGUCGAUGGCCGCCGCUGGUACCCCAAGGAGAUCUGGAGCAAGCAUGUCGAUAAGUGGGAUGACCUCUUUGAGCUUUCCAAGCGCGAGCAGGCCCUCAACUGCAUCUCCGAAAUGGUACUCGAUGCCCUCAAGCAUGUCGAAGAGUGCCUGUUUUACAUGGCCGGCAUGCGUGACCAGAGCUGCUUCAACUUUGUCGCUAUCCCACAGACCAUGGCUAUUGCCACUCUGGAGCUCAUCUUUCGCAAUCCUGCCAUCCUCGAGCGCAACGUUAAGAUCACAAAGGGCGAUGCCUGCCAGAUCAUGCUCGAGAGCACACAAAAUCUCUUCACGGUAUGCGAAGUUUUUCGCAAUUACAUUCGCCGCAUUCAUAAGAAAAACGACCCGCGCGACCCCAACUUCUUGGCCAUUAGUGCCCGAUGCGCCAAGAUUGAGCAGUUCAUCGAAACUUUGUACCCCAAGCAGGAUCCUACCAAGCUGAACGCCACCAACAAGAAGAGGCAAUUGGACCAGCCUACCGCCGAUCCUGGUGAGGGCUUUGUUAUGUGGAUGGUUGUCAUUCUAUCCCUCGUUUUCAUGGCUCUUCUUAUGGUUGGUAUUGCCUGGUUCUUCGGAGCCGAUUUCUCAUCGACAUUUACCGACGUGAAGAAGCUCUGGACCAGCCUCGACGCCCCCAAACCUCCCCAACCUCUCGCCGGUGCUGGUCGCGACGAGUUGUAG